AUGGGGUGCACGACAACAAACAGAGUUGAGGGGGCACAUUCAAAGCUGAAGAAACUAUUGUCCGACAGUAAGGGUGACUUGGUCAUUGCGUGGACUGCGAUGAACAAGCUUAUUAUCAUGCAGCAUGACAAGAUAAAGGAGUCCUUCCAGCUCAGCAUAUUUAUCACAGAGCAUUCUGUGAAUGACCCGUUCUAUAAGCAUUUGCGCGGGUUUGUAUCUAGAGCGGCAUUGCACAUUAUUGUUAAAGAGAAGACUCAAAUUGGCAGGAUUGGGGUUGGUGGUAUAUACUGUGAGUGUGUACUUAGGAGAACCCAUGGACUACCAUGUGCUUGUGAGCUCAUGAAGUUUGAAUCUGUCUCAUUACUUGCAAUUCAUCCACAUUGGAGGAAAUUGACUUGGGAUUCUUCGGACCGUGACAUGGAUCCAACAUUGGGUUUGAGUUUUGAGUCUGAAUUUGACAAAUUACGAACCAAGUUCGAGGAGUCUUCGCACGGAGUUAGAAUGUCGAUCAUUGAGAGCCUUAGAAUGAUUACUUAUCCAGAAACGACUUCUAUGUGCGCUCCAACAAAGAAGAAAACAAGGGGUAGGCCAAUGGGAUCCACUAACAAGCCCAAGAAGUUUGCCAAGGGAUGUGGUGAGACCUCUACAAAGCGCAUUCCUUGUAGAUGGGAGACUAUUGACAAAGAGUAUCCGAGCUCGUGGCGUGAUAGCAACACGACACCAUUACAGGAACCUUCUCCAAAUGUUAAGUCUCAAAAGGUUCCAAAGGUUAGGUCUCAAAAGGCUUCUAAGGCUUCAAAGCUUCCAUCUCAAAAGCCUCCUAAGGCUUCUAAGGUACAAAGUCAUCUGAUCCGGAUGGUGUGUACAAAGGAUAAGAAGCCUGUGAGUAGUUACCUACGUCGGCGCUACCUUAAACAAAUCCCUGAUGAGUUUCAUCCAUUCGUUGUUGACUUUAUAAAUGUAAAGGGAGAUGGCCACUGUGGAUAUAGAUGUGUUGCAUCGUUGAAGGGUCUUGCAGAAGACGAUUGGCCACUUAUACGUAGGGAACUUCUGACAGAGCUUGAUUCGGAUGCUAAUAUGUACAUCAACAUGUUUGGAGCCAGCGAGGUUAACCAAAUGCGUUUAGCUCUAACAGUUAAGGAUACUAAGCCCGUAGGUGAAGACAAGUGGAUGAUGAUACCAAAUAUGGCCUACCUUAUUUCCACAAAAUAUAAGUUCAUAGUGUUGACUAUUGCUAAUAUCGGAUGCAACACUUUUUAUCCGUUAAAAGGAAAGACGGACCUAGUGGAAGAACACAAAUUCAUGCCGAUUGUGCUUGUCAAUAAAGAUCAUUUCGUUGGGGUUACUCUUCGUGAAGGGCAUCCAAUGCCGACCACAGCUCACUUGUGGGCAUACAACUGUCACCCGGAAGCAAAAAAAAGGGAAGAGCCUUACAAAGAGCGCAUUGAAGAAUACGCGGCUUAUCUGAAACAAAAAAAUGGAGGAUGUAGUGAUAUUAUUGACCUUAGUGAUGAUUAA